AUCAGAUUAGAUCUACAGCGGACACCUUCCGCACCGCAUAUCUUCACAUGCAAAUUUGGCUUGGAAUCUGGACAAAAGCCUGGUACCUCAGAUGUUGAUAUUGAAACAUGGCGCCUCGGACAGGCAGUAAGCAAGAUGGAGAGCAGGUCUUAGUAGACUUCGAUCCAGAAGCGGACGACAGCUUCGGCGACGGCAGUGUUAGCGGAAGUCAGGAUGAAGACGGAGUGGAGGUGGAAGACAACGCACGCGAGCACUAUGUCGAUGUCGACAAGAGUAGGCUACGCAAACCCAAGAAUGCGCCACUUGGUUCGCAAUAUCGCGGCUCACGCAUCAGUAGAGAUGCAGUGACAGACGAUGAGGAUGGAGACGAUCCGUUUACCAAAGGCUUCGAUGAUGAGGACAGCGCGGAUGAAGAAGAGAUUAUUGUCGGCGAUGACAGUUCUGAAGCGGAACUUGUCAAUGGCAAUAGUGAACUCGAGGACGAGACGUCUGGAACGGACCUGAGUGAAGAUGCCGCGAAUGAGGGUAGAGCCAACGAGCAAGCUUUGCGAGCGGAAAGGGUGCGCGAGGCGAUGCAGCAGACCGCUCGUGAUGCGCCCAAGAUCGCAGCUACUCUGUCGCAAGCCAAUCAAGCAGAUGUAGAAAGAGGUCGGGCGGUCAAGAAGCAGCGUGCCGCUUUUGAUGCCCUUCUCGGCAGCCGUAUGAAGCUGCAGAAGGCGCUUGUGGGCGUCAAUACCCUUGCCGGUCUUCCCCGCGACGAGCUGCAACGUCCGACAAACGAUGCUGCAGCUGCAAUGCAGGCAGCAGAGGCCGCAGCUUUCAAGUUAUGGUCGUCUCUGGAUAGCUUCCGAGAAGAGCUCCUCACAGCACGAACUGGUGAGAAGCGAAAGCGUGCAGUCUCAACAAGUCGGGUGCCGGUUUCGAAGCUGUGGUCGCACAUGCAGACGCAAGAAGCAGAAUGUGUCGAGCGUCGCAAUGCUAUUUUGCAGAAGUGGUCAAAGAAAACCCAACAUCAGAUAGCGGCACCCCGGCGUGGUCUGCUCAGUGGCAACGCACCGCAAACAACUGUCCUAGACUCGAUACGGCAAGAUCUCUCAGAUAUGCCGCGCCUAACCUCGCGGGCACGUAAAGCUCGCUCGUGCGCGCCACUUCAGAUCGCGAACAAAAUCACCGAAGACCCAGCUAUCUACGACGAUGCCGACUUUUACGGCUUGAUGCUGAAAGAACUUCUCGAGCAGAAAAGUGCAGACUCCAUUACCGCUUCUAACAUUGAUCUCAGUUUUCAGAUGCGCCGAGAGGCGAAGGCGAAGCGCAAUGUGGAUGUCAAAGCCAGUAAAGGGAGGAAGCUGCGGUAUACGGUUCACGAGAAACUGCAGAACUUCAUGGCUCCGGAGGAUCGGCGGACUUGGGGUCAGCGGCAAGCAGAUGAGCUGUUUGGGAGUCUGUUUGGGCAGAGGGUGACUCUGGCUGACGACGAGCGUGAAGAAGACAUGGAGGAAGAUGUCGAUCUCGCCGAGGCAGGCUUGAUGCUGUUCAAGAGCUGAGUCGUGAAUGCUUCCGUCGCAAGGUCCGUGCAUCGAAAUUGAAACGAAGUGAAUGACUGCGCCACUUGUGAUGCAAACGCGUCGCACGACUGAAAAGCGUGCAUGCCGCCGAAUCAAACUUCGGUGGACAGCAAAUUU